CUUUCCAGCCUUCCUUUCCGUUCUUCCCCUUAAAGAAUCUAAAGCGGACGAAUACGUUACUGAGUUCUAUAACCUCGACAUCGUCACGCGCUUUACAAAUUAAUAAUCUUCAAAUAGAUAAAAAGUAUGACUCGAUCAAUCAGUCGUUAAUGUACAUAACCUCAAAAAUAGUCACAAUAUAAAAGUGUUUAGUAGGUGGAUCAUCCUUGGUAUGUUUAAAGGAGGGGAAGAAAAAAUAGCCAAAAGAACUAGUUCCAGCAGUAAAUUUGUCGCGUUGCGCACGCGGAUAAUACUGUUGUUCUUUAUACUUUCGGGUACUGAAGUUUUCGAAAUCUGGUAAGUUUCCAUUGUGACCGUUUUGACGCAUGCGAUCUUCGUCAAAUCUGCAAGAAUACGAGUUAAGCACAGAGAGAUAGUGUAGUACUGUGGGGACUUGGUUAGUGAAAUGGAACUGUUACGCUUAAAGGAUGCUGGCGAGCCGUGAUAAAAGAAGUUAUUUCACAAACAGAAUCGAAACGAAAGGCCGCUAACGGACGUGCGUGCCUUCUUUCUCGUGACAAAGCCAUGGAGGCCGACGUGUCGCGGCUUGAUUCUAGCUUAGCCGCAGAAUUGUACUUUCUCAUUGCCAAGUUUCUGACGCAGGGUCCUUGUCGUGCUGCUGCAGAUGUGCUGAAAGGGGAAUUGGAGCGAGCCAAGAUUCUGCCUCAACGAUUGGAUUGGCUAGGAAAUGAGCAUAGUCAAAGCUUUGAAGAAUUGGAAACAAAGUAUUCUCAUAUUGGUGUAAAUCAUUUACUUCAAAUAUGUUCACGAAUUGGACCAGUUUUAGAAAAGGAAGUGCCACCAUGUGUUAUUGGCGCUAUUUCGUUACUUGGUGCUGGAAAGCAAUCCCUAUUACGUACAAAAGAAGAUAUGUUACGUUUCUUUCGCAAUGUUACGGGCUAUUCUGGAAGGUUUGGAGGAAAGCCCUUUAUGAAUCCACCUGGUGUUUAUCCAGUACUCAAUAUAGUAAAAGUACUUCAAGGUAGAGAAAAUUCUGGUCCUUUAUGCAGACGCGAAGCUGUACCAACAUCUUUUUACAGCAAGCUACAAUUAUAUCGUCAUACUCUAGGACAUCUAUCGGCCGUUUAUUGCGUUCUAUAUGAUCGAACUGGAAAAUACAUUAUCACUGGGGCUGAUGAUUUACUAGUCAAAGUAUGGAGUUCAACGGAUGGACGAUUACUUGCUACUUUUCGGGGCGCAUCUUCGGAAAUAAUGGAUAUAGCUGUUAACUUCGAUAAUACAUUGCUUGCCGCCGGAAGUUUGGAUCGCAUUUUAAGAGUCUGGUGUUUUCAAACAAUGUCGCCAAUUGCUGUUUUAUCAGGACAUUCGGGUAUGAUAACAUCUGUAAAGUUUUGUCCUAUCUCUUGUAGUGGCUUCAAUUAUUUAGUUUCGACGAGUAGUGAUGGUUCAGUUGCAUUUUGGUCACAUACAAAGCAAGACAAUGAGAGGACAGUGUUUCAACCAAAGCCAAUUCAAUAUCAUGAAAAAAUGCGACCAGGUCAAGCACAAAUGAUCUGUGCUUCAUUCAGUCCAGGUGGUGCUUUUAUGGCAGCCGGAUCUGCUGACCAUCAUGUACGGGUUUAUACAAUGUUAGGUGAGGAGGGACCAAGACGUGUUCUUGAAGUAGAAGCUCAUUCUGAUACGGUCGAUAGCAUUCAAUGGGCACAUAGUGGUCUCAAAUUCAUUUCGGGUUCGAAAGAUGGUACUGCUAAUGUAUGGAAAUUUGAACAACAACAAUGGCAACACAAGAGAUUAUUAAUGACGACUAAACUCUCUGGCGAACCAGAGUCAGAAGAUGAUUCAAAUAAAAAAACAAAAGUAACAAUGGUGUGCUGGGAUGUUAGUGAUAAUUGGGUGGUAACAGCUGUCAAUGACAGUUCUUUGAAAGUAUGGAAUGCUAAAACAGCAGAAUUAGUGAAAGUUUUACGUGCUCAUAAAGAUGAAGUGUUUGUUCUUGAAUCACAUCCAAUAGAUCCAAAAAUAAUCUUAAGUGCUGGACACGAUGGACAAUUAAUAAUCUGGGAUGUACUCAAUAUAGAGCCAAUAGCCUGUUUUCAAAAUUUUAUUGAAGGACAGGGUAAUGGCGCGGUGUUUGAUGCUAAAUGGUCACCUGAUGGUACUAUGCUUGCAGCUACAGAUUCCCAUGGUCAUUUAAUGAUGUAUGGUUUCGGAUCUGGAGUUGAAAAAUUAAAAAUAGUGCCAAAAGAAUUAUUUUUUCACACUGAUUAUCGUCCAUUAAUCAGAGAUGCCAAUAAUUAUGUAUUAGAUGAGCAAACGCAAACAGCUCCACACUUAAUGCCACCACCAUUUCUUGUAGAUGUAGAUGGAAAUCCAUAUCCUCCGAUAUUACAAAGACUAGUUCCAGGAAGAGAAAAUUGUAGGGGUGAGCAGUUAGUUCCAAAUAUCGCUGUUGGAGCAAGUGGUCAGCAAGAGGUCAUUGAGGGUCUACCUGAACAAGAACAACCACGUUCAAAUAUCGACCGGUUAAUAGAGGCGUUAGCUCAACGUCAAAUUAUGAAUGUCGAAGGUGUACCGAUUAAUGAAGAAGAAGAUAAUAAUGUUCUACAAAAUGAGGAUCAGCAUCAAGUUCGGCAAAUUGCUAGUCCGCGUGGUGGCAGAUCUGGUUUACGUCGUGUUGGAGACGUUGAAGGUGUUCGUCAAAGUAGCGGUAACUGGCAACGUGAUAAUACAACACCCUGGAAUAAGCCAAUGCUUGCAAGACCUCUUAAUCCUGCUAUCCUUGAUACUCAAUAUAAACAAACAAAUGCAAUGGCUGAAAUGGAGUUAGAAUAUUGGAGACGUGAAAUGCGCAGAAGGCCUCAAGUGAUCUCAAAUACAACAAUUACGUCAGAACAAAACAGAUUUUUAAUUCAUGGUAGAAGGAAUCGAACUACUAGACAUAGCUACAGGACAAGGGCAACUAGAGGAGAGGAGCAAGAAGAUGAAGAAUUUGAAAAUCCAGAGAAUUCUGGAAGUUCAGGAAGUAGCAAUGAAUCUUCUUCUAAUGAGGAAGAAUUGUGUUCAGAUAGUUCGACUUCAGAUACUAGUAGUGAAUAUUCAGAUUGGAUAGCAGAUCAUGGCGUAAAUUUAGAACCACCAAAGCGAAGUAAAAGGAAACCUGUACAAAAACGAGCAAUUACUCCACCUAGUGAUGCAGAUAGAAGAAGAAGUCAACGACCAAAGAAGAAGACGAUACCGAUAGCAGAGCCAAGUUCUGUAACCGAAGUACCUGACAUUUACCGUCCACCUGAAUGGCUUAGUGAAGUAAUUCCAAGGAAAGCACCUUAUUAUCCUCAAAUGGGAGACGAAAUUGUAUAUUUUCGUCAGGGGCACAAAAGAUAUUUGGAUGCCGUUAAAACCAAAAAAAUUUACGAUGUCAGCCGUUCAUUUGAACCUUGGACUAAAUUAGAUCUUAAAGCCCAAGAAUUUGUAAAAGUAAUAGGAAUUAAGUACGAAAUUCGCCCUCCUCGUUUGUGUUGUCUGAAAUUAGCCCAAAUGAAUGAAGAAGGUUUAUUAACAGGAAUAACAUUUACGAUUAAGUACCACGAUAUUCCGGAUGUGCUCGACUUUCUCGUUCUGCGACAGGCAUUUGAUAAUGCACUCGAAAGAAGUUGGUCAGAAGGUAAUAGAUUUCGUUGCAUGAUAGAUGAUGGUUGGUGGACUGGUCAAAUAAUAUCGGUGCAGCCACUUUCUGAAGAAUUCUCUGAUUCAUACUUCAUGUGUUUCAAUAUCAGAUGGGAUAGUGGGGAAACAGAGUUUAUGAGUCCAUGGGAUCUUGAGCCCAUCGAUGAACAAAGAUUACCAACAGAAGUAGGUGGUGCUGUGCCAGUGCUUGCAGAGGAGAUCCAAGAAACUUUGUAUCAACCUCAACCAGAAGAAUGGCCAAUGGGUGAUCGAGAAGCUGCAUGUCGACGUAUCAUACGUGGUCUUGAUCAAGUUAUGACUUUAUCAAUAGCUGAACCUUUUAUAGCUCCCGUUGACCUCAAUAUAUAUCCAUUAUACGCAUACGUUGUAGAAUAUCCAAUAGAUUUAUCAACUAUAAAAGCUCGUUUCGAAAAUUUUUUUUACCGACGAAUUACUUCGGCUCAAUUUGAUGUUAGAUAUCUUGCAACAAAUGCAGAAAAAUUCAAUGAACGGCAUAGUCAAAUUGUUAAACAGGCGAGAUUAAUUACGGAUAUUUGUUUACGAAUUAUUAAAGAUACUACUGAUCAUGAUGUUACAACAUUGUAUCAUGAAUUAGCCGAUGCUUAUCAUUCUUCGGAUUCUGAAGUUGACAUUGAAGAUGAUAUCAACAGACCAUCAACAAGCUCUCAAAGGCCCACACGAGCCAUGACAAAUCGACAUUUAAAUACACAAAAUGUUAAUAAAGAUUGGAAAGUAGCUUGUCGACAACUUUUAGAUACACUAUGGCAGUGUGAAGAUUCCAUUCCAUUUAGGCAACCUGUAGAUCGUUUAGAGAAUCCAGACUAUCAUCUUGUAAUUGAUACACCAAUGGAUUUGCGAACAGUAAAGGAAGAUCUACUAGGAGGAAAUUAUGAAUCUCCUGCAGAAUUUGCUAAAGACGUAAAAUUAAUAUUUACAAAUAGUAAAAACUACAAUACGAAUACGCGAUCAAAGAUUUAUUCCAUGACGGUUCGGUUAUCAGCCAUGUUUGAUGAACUAAUGCGUAAAAUCAUAAAUAGAUGGAAAUCUGCUAUAAGAAUAAAUGAUAAUAAAAAGACAAAUAAAAAUAAAAAAGGUUCUCCUAUAAAGACUCAACUGAUGAAUGGAGCUGGUCCAUCUAAAAAAAAAACAGUUAGUAGUGAUGAUGACGAAGAUGAUGAAAUUGAAGAUGUACCUAUAGACAAUGACGAUGACGACGACGAUGAUGACCAUUUUGAAGAUUUUAAACCAUCAAAAAGGCCAACGCGACAUUUAAAUCAUGACGUAGCGGGUCCAUCUACUCUUAUGAAUGGUCACUCCAACCGUCUGGCAGAAUCAUCUCGACCUUCUCUACGUCCUCGUAAUGUAUCUGCCAAGCGACAAGUUACACAUGUUAAUUUCGAUGAUGAGGAUGAUGAUGAGAGCGAUGAUUCUAGUCCAAGUUUGAGCGAGUCGAGCGACGAUAGUGCACCUAAACGACGCACACGUUCGAGAAAGCCAAUUAUUUCUGUGAUAAACGGUCAUGUUGACAGUGACUCUGAUGAGAUAUAUGAACCAACCUCGAAAGGUAAACAAACACGUAACAACAGAGCAAAAAAUAUGAAAAAGACAAGACAUAACAGAACUACAGAAAAGCACUAUCUCGUGGAUAAUGAUGAUGAAGACGAGGAAAUUUCUUGCCAGAGUGAUAAUAGUGAAGAAAUUGGUCGUAAUAGCAAAAGAAAACAGAAAUUAUCUAUUGUUAAGAACAACAUACAAGAUACUAGUAGUGAUGAAGAGGAAAAUACCGUUACAAUAAUUAAAGAAAAUAACCAAUCACAAGACGACGAAAAAGAAGAGAUCAACGAAAAUAUAAAUGUCAGAAAAAACCAACUUGAAGAAGAUAAAGAUGAAGAAGAAGAAGAGGAGGAAAAAGAUGACAAUAAUCAUAAAAACGUAGAAAGCGAUAAUGUCGCCGAUAUCGUUGAAGACAAUUUAAUGAAGCAAAAUCAAGAUUUUAGUCAUGUCAAUCCCUCACGUACAGUAAAUCAACAACUCCGAAAGCUCCGCGCUUCCCGUGAUUCGGAAAGCAGUAUUACUGCUAACAAUAAGCAUCAUCUACGUCGUGCGGGAACCAAACGCAUGCAUUACAAUGAAGACACAGAUGAAGAAGACGACGAAGACGGUUAUGAUUCAGGUGUACCAAUUACAAAAACACGCAGAAGAACGGUUAAGCGACCAUAUUAUGGUGAAGCUAGUGAUGAGGAAAGCUGUAGCCAACCAGGUUUAGGAGGGAGCAGUAGAGAACAGGAUAUGAGAUUAGGAAUCAGUGUGAGCAGCAGAGGUCGUGUGAGAAAAAUGACACCUAAAGCAAUGUCUGCAUUGAGAUAAAAAUGACAAAAUAAUAGUAGUAAUGUUUGAUAGGCUAUUUAUAAUUGUUUGAAUAAAAGAUGGAGAAACAUGGCAAAUUAUUCUAGGACAUUCUUGCUAAUAGCAUUGAACUCACGACUUUUAUCACUUUUGCUUUUUGUCAAGAUAGUGCAGUGUACACAAAUAUGGACAUUUCAACAUGAGUAAGGUUUGAGCUGAGACGUAUAAUUAAUAAUUGUAUAUAGGCUUCCGACGGUUACAUGAAAAUAUUUUACAUCGAUAAACGUUUCUCUUUUAUCAGCAUUCGAAUUAUCAUUAAUAUUAUAUCAUUUUUUGUAGAUGCACAGACAGUUAAAUUUUCUGUUAC